GUUCUAACUUUCACUUUCUCUUCUGUCUUGACUGUCAUGGUCAGACUCACAUUCUGCUGAAACACUUGAUUGCCAACGAGACGAGCCCUUGAUGCCUUAAAAUUAUUGGACAGUUAUUGAUUAUUCUUAUAUUAAAUAUAUAUUGAUUAUUAGAGUCAAUAAUCUGUCGCGUGACUCGGAUCAAAAAGGUGCAGUCAUGGGAGAUUUACUGAAGGAAAUACAGAUCAUGUCCCAAAAGGCAGCUGACGUCCUGAAACAAGCAGGUUUGGAAACCGACACUGACAUCCAGUCACUGACUCGAGAGGAUCUGACCCAGCUGUUACCCAGAGCCGGGGAUUUCAAACUGAGAAAGAACGUGUUUGAGAUGAUUCAAAAAUCGAGGCCACCAAAUAUGCCACUAGAAGAACAGGGGGAGCUGCAAAAUAAUUUGGCCAGCUGUGCAGCCAUGGGAGAUUUACUGAAGGAAAUACAGAUCAUGUCCCCAGAGGCAGCAGACGCCCUGAAACGUGCAGUCAUGGGAGAUUUACUGAAGGAAAUACAGAUCAUGUCCCCAGAGGCAGCAGACGCCCUGAAACAAGCAGGUUUUGAAACCGACAGUGACAUCCAGUCACUGACUCGAGAGGAUCUGACCCAGCUGUUACCCAGAGCCGGGGAUUUCAAACUGAGAAAGAACGUGUUUGAGACGAUUAAAAAAUCGAGGCCACCAAAUAUGCUGCUAAAAGAAUUGGGAGAGCUGCUAAAUGAUUUGGCCAGCUCUGCCCAAAUCUGCCUCAUUCUUGAUCGAUUGGAAAAUGUGCAGCUCCUCCUUAAUGAUAAGAACCGACUGAAGAACAUCAACACAAGGCAGCCGUACUCAAAAGCUGACGAAGGUGCAGUCAUGGGAGAUUUACUGAAGGAAAUACAGAUCAUGUCCCCAGAGGCAGCAGACGUCCUGAAACAAGCAGGUUUUGAAACCGACAGUGACAUCCAGUCACUGACUCGAGAGGAUCUGACCCAGCUGUUACCCAGAGCCGGGGAUUUCAAACUGAGAAAGAACGUGUUUGAGAUGAUUAAAAAAUCGAGGCCACCAAAUAUGCCACUAGAAGAACAGGGAGAUCUGCAAAAUAAUUUGGACAGCUGUGCAGUCAUGGGAGAUUUACUGAAGGAAAUACAGAUCAUGUCCACAGAGGCAGCUGACGUCCUGAAACAAGCAGGUUUUGAAACCGACAGUGACAUCCAGUCACUGACUCGAGAGGAUCUGACCCAGCUGUUACCCAGAGCCGGGGAUUUCAAACUGAGAAAGAACGUGUUUGAGAUGAUUCAAAAAUCGAGGCCACCAAAUAUGCCACUAGAAGAACUGGGAGAGCUGCAAAAAAAAUUGGCCAGCUCUGCCCAAAUUGACCUGAAGGUCUUAAUGGACAAACUCAAUUUAAUUAUUGAACUAUUGGUAAAAAUGCAGCAGGACUCAAAAGCUGACAAAGGUUCUUUGUCAACAAGAGAGGACCAUCCACAGGGAGCACAAGGAGACACAAAUGCCGGGAUGUCACCAUCCCAGGAAGUCACAGUGAAGUACAAGAUGGUUGUCGGAGGUCAAACCUUUGGCGCCCAUACACAGCUGAUGGAUCAAGUGAAGCACGUCACUAAGGGCGACGUUGAGCUUUUGGAAAACUCUCAGGACAGCAAGAUUAUUAUUGUCUUCUGUCCAAUCACUUCACGCGUUGACUCCGACUUGAAGGCAGCAAUGACUGGUGUCCCAGGUGACAAACCCGUCAUUCUGGUGAAAAUGCACCAUGUAUGUGAGUCCAAGUCCUCACUGUGUUUCAAUUCAUCGAUUGAUGACAGAAAUAUUGUGUUGCAGGUCAAUGUUUUCUACCAUGAGAACUUACGUGGGUUACUGGAGUGCAAACUAAAUGAAAAUGCUGUUGAUGAGAUCCAACAAGAAUUACUGAAGCACAGUGAUCAUAGAAGUACAGAUACCAGGGCAAGUACUUCUGGUCAGGGUCCUUCAAGUUGGCUUCGUCCCUGGACGUGGGGCUCAGAGGCAGAAUAGCUGGGGCGUGGAGGCACAAAAGGUGGGACGAGUGGCCUGGAGGGGGCGAAUGUGAGGCGGAACUAAUAUUAUAGCAGAACUAAUGUUUUGACGUCCACAUCACUUUAACGGCGGAGCAGUAAAAAAAUCAGGGUCAAUGUGGUAGGACAUGAGGAGAGACCAGUGUGUAUUUUAUGCCUGAAAACUCUAUAAGACCCAACUAAUUGUGAAGACCCUUAGAAACAUUACACCCCAGUCACAUGCAUGUGUUAUUUUUGGCUGAGCUUUAUCAUCUUUGUAACAAGUGAUUGUAAUGGAAUUCAUGAAAAAAAUUCUAGCUCCAAAGUGGGGCAUGAAAGUUUGAGAACCACUGGGUUAAGAUAACAAUCUUGUUUACAAACAACAAGGUGAAUACAUAACCCAUUUGAUGGAGGUAAAAAAAAAAAUUGCAUUGGAUGGUAUCAGCUCCAACAUCAGAAAUCACAGAGGAGAAGAUGACAUUAAAUGAUGAGUUUUUCUUCCAUGUCAGCUGUUAAUUUUCUAAAGCUGUCAUCAUUUAGUGUGUUGUGUCUUUGUACCAGUCAUGGUUUUUAAGUAAGAGAUUAACAGUGCAGAGGCUACACAUUCAGUAAUCAGACAACUUUGUGUAUUGACCUACGAGAGAAAAAACAAUGAAUAGAUUCGCAAAUGAAGGUUGUUUUAAUGUACAUUUUGCUGUAACUGCUUACAAUGGAAUGCCUCAGAAUGCAUGAUGUGUAAUUACUGUACAUGAUUACACAAAUAAACUUCAAGUAUGGGUAUGACCAUAA